AUCAGUGCGGUUUCUCUCUGGCUCCAGUCGGAGUGACUAAGGCAUCAGGAGAUUUCAUUUCUCUCUGUGUUGUGUGGUACCUCCCUCCCCCCCUCCUCCCCCCUGUCCCCUCCACCCCCUUCCUUUGUCUGUGUCUGUCUGUGUGUGUGGUGGGGGGCUUUGUACAGGGACAGGAGCUGGCUUUGGAUUGGAAUUCGGGAAAAAGGAACCUGGAAAGACUCGGUGCUGGGAUCACUCAGGAGAUAGUGGAGGAGAGAGAGAGAGAGACAGAGAGGAGGGGGGUUGCUGCUGGCAGGUUUGGGGGUUUGCUGACUGUGUGUGAGUGGGGCUAUCUCUCUCUCUCCCUGUGUGUACCCCAGUACCUCCCUCCUUCCUUCCCCCACCCCUACCCCCGGGCUGUGAGCGGCGAUGGGACAUCACCAACAGCGGGCGAUGCUCCUGCGGUACCUGGCCGCCCUGACCUUCCUCUCUCUGGGAGCCCGGAGCAGUGAGCCGGCCGGGGACAGCCCUGCGUGCUACGGCGGCUUCGACCUCUACUUCGUCUUGGACAAGUCGGGGAGUGUUCAACAUCACUGGAAUGAAAUUUUCUUCUUUGUCGAUCAUUUAGCUCACAAGUUCAUCAGCCCCCAGCUGAGAAUGUCUUUUAUUGUCUUCUCAACCAGAGGGACAACACUCAUGACCUUAACCGAAGACAGGGAACAAAUUCGCAAAGGACUAGAGGAGCUGCAGAUGGUGCAGCCUGGUGGGGACACCUACAUGCAUGAGGGCUUCGAGAGGGCCAGUGAACAGAUUUACUACUCAAGUGCUGAAGGUUACCGGACUGCCAGUGUCAUCAUUGCCCUGACAGACGGUGAGCUCAUGGAGAAUCUCUUCUACUACGCAGAGAGAGAGGCAGACCGUUCACGAAGUCUGGGAGCGACGGUCUAUUGCGUCGGUGUCAAAGACUUCAAUGAAACCCAGCUGGCUCGAAUUGCAGAUAGUAAAGACCACGUCUUCCCAGUAAAUGACGGCUUUGAGGCUCUGCAAGGCAUCAUCGACUCGAUCCUGAAGAAAUCCUGCAUUGAGAUUUUGGCUGCAGAACCAUCAAGUAUCUGUGCUGGAGAAACAUUCCAGGUCGUUGUGAAGGGGAAUGGAUUUUCCCACGCUCGUAGUGUGGACAAAGUACGCUGCAGUUUCAAAAUCAACGACACGGUGACCCUCACUAAAAAGCCUUUGGUGGUGGAAGACACCUACUUGCUCUGUCCUGCUCCAGUGCUACAGGAAGUUGACGGAGUGGUCUUCCUGCAGGUCAGCAUGAAUGAGGGUCUGAGUUUCAUCUCCAGUUUUGUCACCAUCACAACAGUCCACUGUUCAGACGGAACUAUUCUGGCGAUAGCACUCUUAAUCCUGUUCCUGCUGCUGGCACUGGUCCUGCUCUGGUGGUUCUGGCCACUGUGCUGUACUGUGAUCAUCAAAGAGCCCCCUCCACCUCCCAUGGAUGAUGAGGAAGACUCUGAUUCUGAAGGCAUGCCCAAGAAGAAAUGGCCAACUGUGGAUGCCUCCUAUUAUGGAGGUCGAGGUGUGGGAGGGAUCAAAAGAAUGGAGGUCCGCUGGGGAGAGAAGGGAUCGACCGAAGAAGGCGCUAAGUUGGAAAAGGCCAAAAACGCAAGAGUUAAAAUGCCGGAGCAAGAGUACGAGUUCUCCGAGUUGGGGAUUCAGAACAACAACAGAGCUCGGCAGAUGAACGCCCCCAGGAAGUGGUACUCACCAAUCAAGGGCAAGUUGGACGCACUGUGGGUUCUACUGCGAAAAGGCUACGACCGGGUAUCGAUAAUGAGGCCCCAACCUGGAGACAAGGGCCGCUGCAUUAACUUCACUCGGGUGAAGAGCGAAGCCAAGCCAGCCAGCUACCCGAUCUACAACAACAUGAGGAAUGUGGGACCUCCACCCAUCUACUGCCCCAACCUCAGCCCUCCUGCCUCUCCAGCCCCGUCGCCUGAACCUUCACCUGCUCCAUCGCCGACUUCCUCGCUGCCUCCACCACCACCAGGCCCACCGCCUAGCCGGGCCCCUCCACCAUCUCGCCCACCUCCACGCCCUUCCUUCUGAAGCCUCCAGCUGACCCGAGGAUUGAGUGGCCGAUGGUGAAAGGCCACCAAAGUGGUACUGUGUCAAGGCUCCCUGCUGGCCCGAUGGAGAUUGUCUUCCCUUUUGUCAGUCUUUUAUAUAUAUAUACAUAUAUAUAUAUAUUGCAGGGUGCAAAACAAGCUCCAAUCCACACAGCAAUAUCCUUCUGAACUUGUGCCAGUUAAAGUUGGCAUCGUUGUCUUCAAGUCCAUCAAUUGUCGCUUUUACGUUGUGUGAUAUAUUGAUAUUCGGCAGUUACCAUUUUAUAUAUAACCUUAUUACAUUUUUGCUAUCUUUCUGCAACUAAAGCCGCUAGGCGGACGACACAUUGGGUUUUGAGCAGCCUGUCUAGGAGAUUGGCUGUUGAGUUUCUCGCUUCUCUCUCUGCACACGGACGGAUGGGAAGGGGACGCCGAUAUCCCUUGCUGGUUGUGUCAGUUUGAAGGUGAUCAGUAACAGCUCCUGACGGGCCUGGGCUGUAACGCAGUGUCCCGUUUGGCAUCGCCGUCCAUCACAACAGAUAUCUUGCAGCUUCGAUUCCCAGCGUGCUCCCUCUGUCGCUUGGGCGGGGGUGGGGGGGAGGAGGAGGGGGACAGUGGGGGUGGUCGUUGUUCUCCAACUGGGACCCACUUCUCACCAGGGUAGAGGAGGGGGGACAGGGGGACGUUGUCACGGCGCAGUGGGGAAGGAGAAGCUGCAUGGGGACAGCUUGCCCGAUUUAGGGGUUUUCCACCUUCCUGCCCCUCUCCCUAUCUCUCUCUCUCACUCCUGUAGCCCUCCUCCCCCUUUCCUCCAACCCUGUAUCAGAUACCGUUGUGGUCUGGCUGGGCAGAUUGGGGCCAGCGGGUGGAGUUAGGGAACUGCAGGGCAAGGGGCAAACUAAACAAACUGGUGAUGCUGCUCUCCUGGGGGUGACCUUCCAAUGGAAGCAGCUCUUCAAGCUGCUGGGAUUGUGCUGCUCCCUGGGGCAAUGGUUGGAAGGUGGAUGGGCUACGCAGGUUUGUACCUCCCACUGACACUCACCCCACCGCCGCCCGUUAGUGCCCUCCCUCAGGGGUUGAGGGGAAUGGGGGCACCGGCAGUGAGACUUCCCACUUGCCCUGUGCCCCCCUCACCCCCAUCACCUCGAUCCCACCGAGCGAGCAUGGGGCAACAACAUACCUGACAGGAAAUGGGUGAGGUUCCUGGAAACGCUCCACUAUCCCGGGAACUGGUGGACUUCAUCGGGAAUUCUACGGGACUGGGACCCACUGAGUGGAAAAGCUGGUUGUGGAGAUCAUGCAUAUCUAUCACGAUGUGGGGAAUCAGCAAGGCUGGCAAAAUAAGAAAGGAGAAUUGGAGAUAAAACAGAGAGAGACAGAUUCAAUCCAAGAGAGUUUCCCAUUGGGAAAGCAUUUGGGAGCAGGAUGUAUCAUUCCGUAUGGAUUCACCUUGGAUUGAAAGAGUAACUAAUAACUACCAAACUACUUCACCUCUGGAAGCAACAAGAACAAAAGCACACCUCUGGUCUUUUCAUAACUACGGCGGUUCCUUCUCAUCUUGCCUUCCUUGUCACCCAGCACCUGCCAAAGCCUUCAUGUUAUUGUCCCUCUCCCUCCAUUUCAGGUUGCAGGGAAGGUUAUUGGUGUGACACCUCAACUGGCUUUUAGCAUCACAGUCUUGGACGGUCUUGAACACAAGCGACAAACCGAGCCAAAGAGAUCGUUGACCACCUUAUAUUUUUUCCUUCCCCUCGUGGUGUUCAGGGAUGUUAUGACACACCCUCUGGAGCAGGUGGGACUUGAACCCGGGUCUGACCCUGUUAAUUGUGGACCAUGGAGAGAAAGCAAUCAGCUCCAUCAGACUCAGCAGACAGGGCUGUAAAAUCACCUCAAGUUGCUGCAUGAAGCAAACAAACAGGAUGAAGAUAAAUAGAGAGCCCUGUCUGUUCAGUAUCGUCUCAUGAUUGAAAGCACCCGAUCUUGCAGAUUAUACGGAGCUCAUUUUACUAUCGGGGAGACAAAUUGUUGAUACCUUCUGGAGCAAAGAGUGGAUUAUGUUGUGAAAACUCUUGGAAAAGUUUCCAGCCUUACCUGGAAUCAUUUGAACAGACAAUGUGGUCAUUUUUAAGCAUAUUAUUUCUCCGCAUGUGUGUGUGUGUAUGUGCGUUUACAGCCCACCAAAGAGAACACAGAGUUCAAGGGGUGCUGCGGGGAAACACCCUCGAACCCAGUGACGUGAAGAACUGAUGUUGAUCAACAAUUGGUAGCACUUCUCUCCAGAAUGCUUCCUGGUCAUGGGCCACAUUCCGAUAGGAAGACAAUACUCCGGGAAAGGAAAUCCAGGCCUUUCUGAUGCUCGUAAUGGACGGGAAGGCUGACCAAGUUGUUAAAUUUACAAACACUGCUUGGACUGAACCGACAUUCAUGACUGACUUCAGAUCAGAGCCGAAGAUUAAACAACACCGUAAAUGGACAGCACUUGCAGAACUACCCCGACUGCACUCAUUGAUGUGAGGAGAAGUGGCUUAAAGUCGAUGUGCGGGACCCACUCUCUGGAAAUAACAGAAAUCGGUUCAAGACUUGCACUUUUUAUUUUGAAUUGCCUGGGAACCCUUUGCAUUCCCCCAUGGCAACACUUCAGCCAAUCAGAGUCAACUUGCCAACCAAUCGGCCCACCCUUUUCUCCUGCGUUAUAAAUUGCUGUGACUGUUCGGAAUCUGGGGUAUUCUUGCAUUUGUCCUGACGAGUGUUACUCUUUGUUGGGAAAGUUAACACUUCUGAGACGUUUCUGCACCUAUCCAUUUCAGGCCUGACCUUCAUCAACAAUGAUCUGAGAUGAACUAGUUACAGAGCCUAAGCUCACAACACGUGUUGUCCACAAGAGUGUGGGACAGAAGGUGUGCCAGGUCAGAGCAGCAGCAUCUCCCUGACACCAAACUGAAAUGUGGAAACUUGAAGGUGAGAAAGAGGAUUGAGGUCCCGAGUAAAGAACUGAUCAAAGUAGGAGGGCACUGCAAAGAGUCUUGAUUGAAAGAGGCUGCAUGGACAGGUGUUUGCUUUUCAGGAGAAAUGUCCAGGGGAGUCAUGCAGACCAUUGUAUUGACAAAGCAGAAAGACAAGGAAGUUGGCAUAGAAACAAGAGUUGGAGCCUUGGUGCGAUAGAUCAGUCGAUGGUUCAUAAGUUGUCAUCUCCUUUCUGUGUUGGAGGAGGGUGACAGAUAUGGGAUUCAUAUUCAUCCAUGAAUCCAACAAUAUAGGCCACACAUGGGCCCUGACAACAUUCCGGCAAUAGCACUGAAGACUUGUGCUCCAGAACUUGCCGCUCCCCUUCCACUACAGCUACAACACUGCCAUCUCCCUGACAAUGUGGAAAAUUGCCCAGGUAUAUCCUGUACACAGAAAGCAGGACAAAUCCAACAUGGCCAAUGACCAUUAGACUACUCUCAGCCAUCAGUAAAGUGAUGGCGAUGUCAACAACAGCAGUACUGCUCAGCAAUAAUCUGCUCACCGACAGACAAAUUGGCUUCUGCCAGAGCUCCUGACCUUAUUGCAGCUUUGGUUGACAUGUGAACCACAAGAGCUGAAUUCCAGAGAGGAGGUGAGAGUGACAGUCCUUGACAUCAAAGUAGAAAACACUGGAGUCAAUGGAUAUUGGAGUUGGGGGCAAGGGGGAAGUGGGAGGAAGUCUCCACUGGUUGCAGUCGUUCCUAGCAAACAGGAAGAGGGUUGUGGUUGUUGGAGGUCCAUCAUCUCAGCUCCAGGACAUCUCUGCAGGAGUUCCUCAGGGUGAUGUCCUCAGCCCAAAUAUCUACAAAUAGCUGAUUCAUCGUUGACCUUCCCUCCAUCAUUAAGUCAGAAGUGAGAAUGUUUGCUGAUGAUUGCACAGUGUUCAGCACUAUUUGUGA